UGUCUACACAGGGGAGCCAAUGUCCCUUAACCAACCGUGUCCUGGACAUGAAGAAGUGGGCCAACGAACUUCAAGAGAUUUUGACACACGGUUGUGUCAAGCCAGCCGGGUGUACCUACCCAGGAACUUGCUGUAUCGCAGCUGAUGCUGCCAUCGAGCAGACGAUCAUGCAAAUUACAGACAUGUUGAAGAGUUUGUACGACACGUUCCACAAGAAAUGUAUCAGCUGCUACACACAGGAACCCCCUGGGUCAUGGUCAGCCUGGAGUGAAUGGGGUAAUUGUGACGCCACAUGUGGUCGUGGCACCAGGUCAAGGUCUCGAAGAUGCUCAUCGGGCCAAGGUUGUACUGGGAUGUCUGUAGAUACAGAAUCGUGUGCGGGACUGCCAGAUUGCUGUGUGGAGGGAAGCUGGUCAAGUUGGGACAAUUGGGCCCCUUGUUCCGUGACUUGUGGGCGUGGCCAGACUACCAGAACGAGGCGAUGUAGCAGAUCUGCAACUAAUGGCUGUGUGAAGCCGUGUGUAGGGGCAAGUGAUGACAUUAGAGUUUGUGAAGCAGCCGCGUCAUGUUGUGUGGAUGGAAACUGGGGAACUUGGUCCAGGUGGUCAGCAUGUUCUUCCAGUUGUGGAGAUGGCAGAAGAACCAGGACUCGAACCUGCAGCAACCCGCCACCCUCCAGCUGUGGGCGAGCAUGCCCAGGGGACAUGCAGCAGACAGAACCAUGUUCAGAUUCUAGCUUAUCAGUUAAUGGGAACUGGGGCAGCUGGCUGUCCUGGUCGGCAUGCUCAGCCACCUGUGGUUCAGGCUACAGAAGUCGAAGGAGGGCUUGUGAUAAUCCAAGCCCAGGCCCAUGUGGUCGGCCAUGUGUGGGCAGUGACGCCCAGACUGAUGCUUGCGAAUCCGGACAAAGCUGCUUGGAUGGAAACUGGGCCCCUUGGGAGAGCUGGGGCUCUUGCUCCGUGACUUGUGGGCGGGGCCAGACAACCAGAAGGAGGCGUUGCAGCAGGCCUGCACCAAACUACUGUGGCAAGCAAUGCGUCGGCGACAGGGAGGAAGUUAGAACUUGUGAAGCGGGUAAUGAAUGUUGUGUGGAUGGAAACUGGGCAAUGUGGUCGAGAUGGUCUGCGUGUUCGUCCACAUGUGGAGAUGGCAGAAGAACCAGGACUCGAACUUGCAGCAAUCCACCACGAUCCAGUUGUGGUCAAGGGUGCCAAGGAGACUUGCAGCAGGUGGAAUCAUGUUCUGAUUCUGUGAAUGGGAACUGGGGCAGCUGGCUCUCCUGGUCGGCCUGCUCGGCCACGUGUGGUCCAGGUUACAGAAGUCGAAGGAGAGCUUGUGAUAAUCCCAGCCCCGGCCCGUGUGGUCGGCCGUGUGUGGGCAGUGACUCCCAGACAGAUACUUGCGACUCCGGACAGAGUUGCUGUGUCGAUGGGAACUGGAGCAUGUGGCAGGCUUGGUCUGCAUGCUCUGCGACCUGUGACAUUGGCACCAGGCAGAGAUACAGGUCAUGCAAUAACCCGUCACCCAAUUACUGUGGAGCAAAAUGCAGAGGGGAGGAGCUAGAGAUGACAGCUUGUGUGACAGGCGUUCCUUGCAAGAAAUGUGAAGUGAAAGAUUGGACAAGCUGGGGGUCCUGGAGUGGAUGCAGUGCAACUUGUGGCUAUGCAGCCCGGAGCCGGUCAAGGUCAUGUGCUGUUAUACAGCCUGGGACUGACUGUGGCUCUGAAUGUCCCGGCAGAAACCAGGAAGAGAUGCAGUGCGUCGGGUUGUCUGAGUGCUCUGUUGAUGGCAAUUGGGGCUCUUGGCAGUCCUGGUCCCAGUGCUCUGUGACAUGUGGCCGAGGUAUCAUGGAGAGGCGAAGACGCUGCGACAGCCCACCACCUGAUGCAAACGGUCAGCCUUGCCCAGGACGUGACUAUGAACGAAAAUCUUGUGAAAAUACACCAUGCCUUAUCUGUGUUGAUGGGAACUGGGGCUCAUGGCAGACAUGGAGCUCAUGUUCUGUGACAUGUGACAAGGGAACAAGAGAGAGGAGGAGGUCAUGUGACAAUCCAUCGCCCAAUGAAUGUGGCCGGAAAUGUUUAGGCAGAGAAAGUGAAACCAUUGAUUGUGAUACAGGGACUGAUUUUGAUGGGAACUGGGGCUCAUGGCAGCCUUGGAGUCCAUGUUCUGUGUCAUGUGGCAGUGGAACAAGAGAAAGGAGGAGGUCCUGUGACAGUCCAUCAGCUAAUGAAUGUGGCCGGAAAUGUUUAGGCAGAGAAUUUGAAACCAAUACUUGUGUUACAGGAAUAGAUUGCUGUGUUAAUGGGAACUGGGGACCGUGGCAGUCUUGGAGUUCCUGUUCUGUAACAUGUGACCAGGGAACAAUAGAGAGACGAAGAUCAUGUGACAAUCCAUCACCCAAUGAAUGUGGCCAGACUUGUUUUGGCAGAGAAUUUGAAACCAAUGUUUGUGGAACAGGGACAGAAUGUCCUGAAAAAUGUGUUGAUGGGAACUGGGGCUCAUGGCAGCCUUGGAGUCCAUGUUCUGUGUCAUGUGGCAGUGGAACAAGGGAGAGGAGGAGGUCCUGUGACAGUCCAUCACCCAGUGAAUGUGGCAAGACUUGUUUUGGCCGAGAAUUUGAAAUCAAUACUUGUGAAACAGGAAGAGAGUGCACUGAAGAAUGCAUAAAUGGAAAUUGGGGCUCUUGGAGUUCAUGGUCUGCAUGCCCUGUAUCCUGUGGUGACGCAGUGAUAGAGAGGAGAAGACUCUGCAACAACCCACCCCCAAAUGUGUGUGGACAGACUUGUGUUGGUCCAAUGGAGGACAGCAAAUUACAGCGCUGUGGUCCACCAGAAAUUGUCGGACAGUGGUCUCAAUGGAGCAGCUGGUCGGAAUGCAGUGUUUCCUGUGGUAUAGGGUCUAGACUUCGCUCUAGAUCCUGCAGCAAUCCACCACCUGCCUUGUGUGGGUCCUCCUGCCCAGGGCAGACAGAUGAACGAGUCACAUGCAGUGGGACUGAAGUAAAAGAAUGGACAAACUGGGGACCCUGGAGUGGCUGCAGUGCAACUUGUGGUUACGCCACCCGGAGUCGAUCAAGAGCUUGUGCGGUUGUCCAGGCUGGGAAUGAUUGUGGUUCUGGCUGUGCAGGGAGCACCCAAGAAGAUGUGCAGUGUGUGGGGUUAGCUGGAUGUUCAAUAUGGGGCCAGUGGUCAGCAUGCUCGGCCACCUGUCGUGGUCAAGGUCAGAGAGAAAGGAUUGUUUCCACUUCGUCCGGUGAUAUCGGCACAGGGGAUGUGACUGUGGAAUCAAAUGCCACCAGGAAGGAAGUACAGUUGUGUGAGGUGCAGGAACCUGAGUGUCCGUGUAG